GACGCCCAGAAGGAGGAGUACUUCAGGAGGAGGCUGAGUGAUGAGGAGCUGAGCAGCAGAAUCAUCUCCCACAUCCAGACCUCCAGGAGCCUCCACAUCAUGUGUGGAAUCCCAGUCUUCUGCUGGAUCACUGCUACAGUUCUGGAGCACAUGUUGAGCACCGAGCAGAGAGGAGAGCUGCCCCAGACCCUGACUGACAUGUACUCCCACUUUGUGCUGGUUCAGACUCACAGGAAGAAGCUCAAGUACCAUGAAGGACCUGAGACGGGUCCACAGGAGCUGACGGAGGCUGGCAGGGAGCUUCUUCUGAAGCUGGGCAGGAUGGCCUUGGAACAUCUGGACAAAGGAAACAUCCUGUUCUACCAAGAAGACCUGGAGCAGUGUGGUCUGGAUGUGACUGAGGCCUCGCUGUACUCUGGAAUCUGUACUCAGAUCUUCAAGAGAGAGUCUGUGAUCUUCCAGAAAGACGUCUACAGCUUCGUCCAUCUGAGUGUUCAGGAGUUUCUGGCUGCAGUCUUCAUGUUCCACUGUUUCACCAACAGGAAGACAGACGUCCUGAAGACCUUCAUCGAUAGGAGACAUCACCGUAUUGAUGGUGUUUUCACAUCUCUCCAUGUUUUCCUGAAGGUCAUCCUUCAGAAAUCCCUCAGAAGUCAGAACGGCCACCUGGACCUGUUUGUCCGCUUCCUUCAUGGCCUCUCUCUGGAAUCCAACCAGAGACUCUUAGAAGGUCUGCUGGGUCAGACAGAGAUCAGUCCAGAAACCAUCCAGAGAGUCAUCAAGAACCUGAAGAAGAUCAACAGUAAAGAAGUGUCUCCUGACAGAUGCAUCAACAUCUUCCACUGUCUGAUGGAGAUGAAGGACCUCUCAGUACAUCAGGACAUCCAGAAGUUCCUGUCAAAGAACAGAUUUGGGAAGAGACUCUCUGAGAUCCACUGCUCAGCUCUGGCCUACAUGCUGCAGAUGUCAGACCAGGUCCUGGAGGAGUUUAACCCGAAGACGUACAUCACAUCAGAGGAGGGACGACGGAGACUAAUCCCAGCUGUGAGGAACUGCAGGAAGGCUGAUCUUUCUUUCUGUGGACUCUCUGAUCGUCACUGUGAAGUGAUCUCCUCAGCUCUGACCUCUGACCCCUCCCAUCUGAAACAACUGGACCUGAGUCACAACGACCUGAAGGAUUCAUCAGUGAAGAUUCUGAGUGCUGGACUGGAGAGUCCAAACUGUAACCUGGAGACUCUGAGCUUGAAGGACUGCAGUUUGUCAGAGAUCAGCUGUUCUUCUGUGGUCUCAGCUCUGAAGUCCAACCCCUCCCUCCUGGAACAUCUGGAUCAUCUGGACCUGAGCUGGAACCAUCUGCAGGAUUCAACAGUUCAGCAGCUGUGUGGUUUUCUGCAGAGUCCACUCUGUGGUCUGCAGACUCUGAGGUUGGAGAGAUGCAGUUUGUCAGAGAUCAGCUGUUCUUCUCUGGCCUCAGCUCUGAAGUCCAAUCCCUCCCACCUGAAGGAGCUCCAUCUGCUUUACAACCAGCUGCAGGCUCCCGAUGUGCAGCAGCUGGUUGAUCUCCAGCAGAGUCCAGACUGCAGCCUGCAGACUCUGAGGUGGAGCUGAGAGCAGAGAGGAAGCUGUGAGUCCUGAAGAUCCUCUUCAUCAUCCUCCUCCUCCUCUCCUCAGAUAGUGUCAUCAAUAGAUGUCCAUGGCGUUGUCAGAAUUUGAAAUGCUGCCAUACUGGAAAAUGGCUGUCUCAUCUCAAAAUGUCUCACAGUCUCAUUCUCUCCUUCCUCUUUUUCCCACAUAUCUCCACACUUUGGGCCAAUCCCAAUUCUACCCCUUUCCCCUUCCCCUCAGCCCUUGGCCCUACCCCUAUCACUCUCCUACCCCUUUUAGAAUAGGGCUGAGGGCUAGGGCUAUCUCUGCAGCACUAUG